AAAGAAGCUGAUGAAAAAAAAGGCGAACUUGCCUUCAAUUGUCCAAGCCUAACGUCAUGGAAAGAGUUACUUUGUUGCAGCGCGCAUAGGAAUAAACCCCAGGAAAUGAUACUGAGCCUGGAUGCGUGUUGAUCCCCAACAGCCGCACAGUGUUUGUGUUGUGAUUCUGCUUUGUUUUUCAUUUAAAGGAUCGACUGAAGAUGCGCAGGAACCUGUUUACAAGGAAAACGCAGCAAGUUUCAGUAUGAGGGAAUGCGGAGCUGACUGAAAAUGCACUGGGAUACCAUUACUCAUCGCUGCGCUUUUCUUCACGCCAGGCCACUUUGUCUUGGAGAUAUUUGCAUCUAGGAUCAGUUCUAUGGACCGUGAACGCACCGUAAUGAGAAGCAAGUGUCCGAGAAGUGAACACCGCCAGGCUGCAGCCCCGUUUGGAAGGAUUACAACGACCGUCGGUGCCUUUCCCAGAGGUCUUUGCUGAAACUAGUUUGAUUUUUCAACCUGUUGUUGUUGUUAUUGUAAUGUGAAAGGAAGAAGAGGCUACUUCAGUGAGUCAAUGAAACAGUCUUCAGAGCCUGAAGUUCCAGUUCAAACUUCCAGACAGGACAAUAGACCAAUGUCCUCAAUAGCCUGAGGAUGCAUGUGCUUACAAUAGGUUUAUUUAUCUACAUGUAAAGUUUGUUUUUUGGUAGAUAGAAGACAGUUUUACAUAACUGCUGACCUCUCCUGUUUAUAAACUAAUAGGUCAUUAAAUUUACAUAAGGCAUUUAGUGUUGGGGCACACCUGAUCUAACAGCUGCCAUGUAAAAUGAGAUGAGCUUAAAUAUUACAGUGAGUUAGUGUCAGAUGUUUCCAAUACAACAUGCAUCAAAACAGCAGUGUCAGUUUAAUCUAGGCACUAUGUGCAUAUAGACGUUUAUGGUUGAGGACCCACUGGAUUGUCAAGAUGUCAGUGAAAGCCAAGGCUAUCUACACUUUUCUAAGUGAAAACAAAGAGGAAAUCAGCAUUCAGGAGAAUGAGGAAGUGGUUAUUUUUGAUGAGAACUCAGUGGAUGGCUGGUUUCAGGGGGAGAACAGCCGAGGGGAGAGGGGUCUCUUUCCUGCAUCCUAUGUGGAAAUUAUUCGCACUCGCUCCAACUCUAAUGUGACCGACUGCUCCAUAAGCCCAGCAGGCUCUUUAGGAAAUGACUCCUCCUAUUUCCCUUCAACCCCAAACACCCCUCUUCACAUGCAGCAGAGCUUCUACGAUGAUGAUGAUGAUGACUGGGAUGACUGGGACGACAGAUCCACAGUGGUUGAGGAUGCUGACCACACCAGGAGCCCUGGGGCCAAUGGACAUGCCCAUCAGAGCCCCAUCUCCAACAACCCUAAUGUGUACUACAGGUCCAAGCCGCACAUGGAGAGACAGGACAGCAUCUCUAGUUCCAGAAAGGGUAGUAUGGUUGGAAGGAACUUGAACCGCUUUUCCAGCUUUGUCCGCUCAGGAGUAGAAGCCUUUGUGUUGGGUGAUGUACCCAUGAUGGCCAAAAUAGCAGAGUCAUAUACUAUAGACAUGGGCCCCUUGGGACCUGGCUGGAAGGAGAGCCCACAACCUUUCUGCUGCUCCAUUGAAGAUCCCACAAAACAAACAAAGUUCAAGGGCAUCAAGACGUACAUUUCGUACCGUGUGACGCCGAGCCACACAGGGCGUCCUGUCUAUAGACGCUACAAACACUUCGACUGGCUGUACAACCGCCUGCUGCACAAGUUUACUGUGAUCUCUGUCCCUCACCUGCCUGAGAAGCAGGCCACCGGGCGAUUUGAGGAAGACUUCAUCGAAAAGCGCAAAAGACGACUGAUACUAUGGAUGAACCACAUGACCAGUCACCCAGUACUUUCCCAGUAUGAGGGCUUUGAGCACUUUCUGAUGUGUGCCGACGACAAGCAAUGGAAACUGGGCAAGAGACGAGCUGAGAAGGACGAGAUGGUGGGCGCUCACUUCAUGCUGACACUUCAGAUUCCGAACGAACACCAGGACCUUCAGGAUGUAGAGGAACGUGUGGACUCCUUCAAGUCCUUUGCUAAGAAAAUGGACGACAGUGUGAUGCAACUCACACAUGUUGCGUCAGAGCUGGUGCGUAAACAUUUGGGUGGAUUCAGGAAGGAGUUCCAGCGGCUGGGAAAUGCCUUCCAGUCCAUCAGCCAGGCGUUUAUGCUUGACCCUCCUCAUAGCUCUGAGGCCCUCAACAAUGCCAUCUCCCAUACGGGCCGCACUUACGAGAACAUCGGAGAGAUGUUUGCAGAGCAACCUAAGUAUGACCUCUUCCACAUGCUGGACAAGCUGUCACUCUACCAAGGCCUGCUCGCCAACUUCCCAGACAUUAUUCAUCUACAGAAAGGUGCCUUUGCUAAGGUGAAGGAGAGCCAGAGGAUGACUGACGAAGGGAAAAUGGACCAGGAUGAGGCUGACGGCAUUAGGAAACGCUGCCGGACGGUGGGCUUCGCCCUCCAGGCAGAGAUGAGCCACUUCCAUCAGCGACGGGAGGUGGACUUCAAGGACAUGAUGCAGGCCUACCUCACGGAGCAGAUAGCCUUUUACCAGCGUGUUGUCCAGCAACUGGAGCGCACCCUGCGCAUGUACGACUGUCUGUAAAGACGGCGGAACGGCCCAGUCAGCGAUGCCAAAAAAACACAAAGGAGGAAAAAUAUCAACAUGUUUAGUGUUGUUUUUACAAAGGACGUUCAGAUGAAUGAAGCAGCAGUUACCGAGGAGACGUUGGAAGCCCGUCGGUGCUCUGUGGAUGAGUCUUUGAUGGAUUCAAAGUCACAUUUGUUGUUUUUGUUAAAGACCUACUGUACCUUUCAGUUUUGAAAUAUAAGUCACUUCAUAGGCAAUAUUGCAGCAUAUUGUUUAUUUUACAUAAUUUAAGGUAUUUGUGACAUAUGGUCAGCCUCAUAGCAUAACUGCCCAACUCAUACAAAAAUGGACAAAAGUAUUGGGACAUGUUGAAUUCAGAUGUUUCUUUUCUAACAGGGGUCUGGGAUAC